GCGGCGGUGACCCACAGUGAUUCGGCCGCCGCGCCGGGGGGUGGGGGGGCUGCGCGGGACUCUUUUUCUUUCAGAUUGACCGCGGGGCAGCUGGGGAGCAUGUCGACCCCGGCGCGGAGGAGGCUCAUGCGGGAUUUCAAGCGACUGCAGGAGGACCCGCCUGUGGGUGUCAGCGGCGCACCGUCGGAAAACAACAUCAUGCAGUGGAAUGCGGUUAUAUUUGGACCAGAAGGGACACCCUUUGAAGAUGGUACUUUUAAACUAGUGAUAGAAUUUUCUGAAGAAUAUCCAAAUAAGCCGCCAACUGUUAGGUUUUUAUCCAAAAUGUUUCAUCCCAAUGUGUAUGCUGAUGGUAGCAUAUGUUUAGAUAUCCUUCAGAAUAGAUGGAGUCCAACAUAUGAUGUAUCUUCUAUCUUAACAUCAAUUCAGUCUCUGCUGGAUGAACCGAAUCCAAACAGUCCAGCCAAUAGCCAGGCAGCACAGCUUUAUCAGGAAAACAAACGGGAAUAUGAGAAAAGAGUGUCGGCCAUUGUUGAGCAAAGCUGGAAUGAUUCCUAAUAGACACCGGGCUGUCGAUCCUUUCCAUCAUUGUUGUGUAUAAUUUACCUCUCAGUAGAAAGGCUAACCAAUUUUAAGUGCCACAAGUUUUAAGGAUUCUGCAGAAAAACAAGAAAAAAGUCCUUCAGUUUAGAACCUACAAAAGCUUGUGUAUCUUGAUUAAUGUACUUUUUAUUGCAUGGUGUGAACUAAGUUAUUGCUGCAUAAAUUUGUAAUAUAUCCUGUUUGUAUUUUUUUCCAAGUGUAUAAUGUUGGUGUGGAGUUUUCAUGACAGAAUAUACACAUUUUGUAAAUCUGUACUUUUUUCAAAUAUUGAAUGCCUUAUUUUUGAAUUCUUUAGAUUUUUAAAUUGGAGAAAAGCACUUAAAAGUUUUUUAUAUAUGAAUAUUACAUGUAAAGCUGUUAAAAUACAUAACUUCAGUGCAAGA